AGUUAUCUAUCAGAAUGCCACCAGACAUGGGUUCUCCCGCCGCCGAGCUUGAUCUGGAUGAUGAGCAGUAUGACUCCGCCGAAGACGAGGACUUCCAGCUCGACGCAGCCCAAGAUGACGCCGACUCGGGCAUGUCCGAUUCCGACGAAGAGGAGGCUGUCGACGAGACAGCGCCCAAGCGACGAAAGAAGGAUGCUAAGGAUGCUGCUCAAGCAGCCGGUGAUGACGACGAACUGGCGUCUGGGGAUGAGGCGAUGAUUCAGAAGGCAAAGAAUAAGAAGAGGAAGAAGGGAGAUGAGGACGUGGAUGUGGAUCUUGAUGAUGAUGAGGAAGGGGGAACAGGAGGUUUCGUGCGGACGCGCGCGAUGAAGAUGCGAAUCGGAGAAGAGCGCAAACCGCUCGCGAAGAUCGACGGCGCUACGGUUGAUGUGGAUGCAUUAUGGGCGAAGAUGAACGCUCCAGACUCGGGAGUAGAUGGUUCUUCGGCACAGGAUGAGAGCAAAGAUGCUACGCCUGCGGCUGGACAGAACGACGGAGAAGCGGCAGGAGGUGAUGAUGCGACUCCUUCGGCACAGGAACCCCAGACGAACUAUACCGAAGAAAUGGUAAAGAUCAAGCGCACGUACAAGUUUGCCGGAGAGAUGAUUACGGAAGAGAAAAUUGUGCCGAAGGAUUCAGCGGAGGCUAGGCUAUUCCUGGCGGGCGAGAAGGAUGCGGAGACCGUCACUGCUGCAGAUGUCGACCACGCCGCGAACGCCAAAGACGCCCUCAAACUGCGCAGACCCCUUCGACGACCCUCCCGCUUCGACCCGAAUCCGACCGGCACUAUCAAGAAGAGCUGGGAGAAACAGCCCGUUACGGAGGCGACGGCUGGGCAGGAGAACGCCCGGGGACCGAAGAUCAACACGGUCGAGAAAUCGCGUCUGGACUGGGCUGCAUACGUGGACCAGGCUGGAAUCAAGGACGAGCUCAACGUGCACAGCAAAGCGAAGGAGGGGUUCCUGGGUCGCAUGGAUUUCUUGGACCGUGUGGGGGCCAAGAUAGACGAGGAGAGAAGAAAUGCUCGUCUGAAGGGGCUUUAAGGUGCUUCAGUUUCAGUUUCCUCUUUUCUUUUGGCUUCUCGACUGCCUCUCGACACUGGCCAACUCUUUGUCCGAAUCCCUCCCAUGCAGGUGCGGAGCAAUGCCAGAAUCUUCAGCACUGGAUUCAUUGUCCCCAGGCUUCAACUUUCUCGACUGGCCACGUUUCCCAGUCUGCAAGCCGGGCUGGCUACAUGCCGCAAUCCGCACCGAGGACCGAUGCGUUGUAUAUUAGCUAUCAUCCAUAACUGGAGGUAGUGCCAGACACGUGCUUCCGGCUCGAUCCACCGGGCUCAACUCAUCUCCGCACUAUGCGGUUCGCUUACGCGGAUGGAUGCUGC